AUGGAGGUGAAGGUGUUUGAGAACCAGAGGGAGGCUGAAGUGGCUGAAGCAAAUGCAGAGUUGGCAAUGAAGAAGGCAAAGUGGGCCAAGGAUUCACAGGUACAAGAGGCGAAUUGGGAGCUUUACAGAAAGCAGAAGGCAGCUGAAGCAAUUCUGUACGAGAAGGAGAAACAAGCGGAGGCUCAGAAGGCGAUGGCGGAGGCGACACUCUACUCCCGCCAACAAGUCGCCGACGACGAAUUAUAUGCAAAAACAGAAGGAGGCAAAGGGACUUGUUGUUCGUGCUCAAGCUCAAGGUACUUACAUACGCACACUUUCUGGUGCCAUGGGAGGUAA